AUGGGAGCCAUGGCCCGUCGCUUCCUCCUCUGCCUCCUGUUUGCCCACCUGGGAUGGGACGCAGCCCGCGCUAGCCGCGAAGCUUUGGGGCGGUCGGAGCCACCGCGAGAGCGCACCCCGAGGAUCCAGCGGCAGCCCGCGCAACGGCCGGCUCGUUCUCCCGCCGCCUCGGAGCCCUCAGCCCCUUGGAGCCGCCCAGCGGCCGGCGCCGCGCUGGCGCAGAGACUCGCCGAGGAGCUGCCCGUGGACGUGGCCUCCUACCUGUACACCGGGGACUCCCGCCAGCUGCUGCAAGCCAACUGCUCCGGCCGUUACGAGCUGGCCGGCCUGCCCGGCAAGGCACCGGCCCUGGCCAGCCCGCCUCCCUCUUUACAUGGGGCGCUGGACACACUGACCCACGCCACCAACUUCCUCAGCACCAUGUUGCAGAGCAAUCGCUCGCGGGAGCAGCACUUGCAGGACGACCUGGAGUGGUAUCAGGCACUGGUGCGGAGUCUCGUGGAAGGCGAGCCCAGCAUCUCUCGCGCGGCCCUGACCGUCAGCACCGAAGCACUGUCCGCUCCCGCCCCGCAGCUCUUCCUGCAGGCCACGCGCGAGGAGAGUCGUAUCCUGCUCCAGGACCUGUCCUCCUCCGCGCACCAUCUGGCCAAUGCCACCCUGGAGACCGAGUGGUUCCAUGGCCUCCGGCGCAAGUGGAGGCCCCACUUCCACCGCCGCAGCGCCCACUCGGGCCCCCGGGGCCUGGGCCACAGCUGGCGACGCAGGGAUGGGCCCGGCGGGGACAAGAGCCAUGUCAAGUGGUCCCCGCCUUACCUGGAGUGUGAAAACGGGAGUUACAAGCCGGGCUGGCUGGUGACUCUUUCAGCUGCCUUCUAUGGGUUGCAGCCUAAUCUGGUCCCGGAAUUUAGGGGUGUCAUGAAAAUUGACAUAAAUCUUCAAACAGUGGAUAUUGACCAGUGCUCAAAUGAUGGCUGGUUUUCAGGAACUCAUAAAUGCCACCUGAACAACUCAGAGUGUAUGCCGAUUAAAGGGCUGGGGUUCGUUCUAGGAGCCUAUCAGUGCGUCUGCAAAGCAGGAUUCUACCAUCCUCGAGUCUUCUCCGUGAACAACUUUCAGAGACGGGGCCCAGAUCACCAUUUUUCUGGGAGCGCAAAGGAUGGAACAGAAGAGGCCCAUGUCUGCCUGCCCUGCAGGGAGGGCUGUCCCUACUGUGCUGAUGACAGCCCGUGCUUCGUCCAGGAGGAUAAAUAUUUGCGGCUGGCAAUCAUCUCUUUCCAAGCCCUGUGCAUGCUGCUCGACUUCGUGAGCAUGCUGGUGGUCUACCACUUUCGCCAAGCAAAGAGCAUCAGAGCCUCAGGCCUCAUCCUGUUGGAAACGAUUCUUUUUGGGUCUCUGCUCCUAUACUUUCCUGUGGUCAUUCUGUACUUUGAGCCAAGCACAUUCCGCUGCAUUCUCCUCAGAUGGGCGCGUCUCCUGGGAUUCGCCACAGUGUAUGGGACUGUCACCCUCAAGCUUCACAGGGUAUUGAAGGUGUUCCUCUCGCGAACCGCACAGAGGAUUCCGUACAUGACCGGCGGCAGGGUCAUGCGGAUGCUGGCCGUGAUUCUCCUGGUGGUGUUCUGGUUCCUGGUUGGCUGGACCUCCUCCGUGUGCCAGAACCUGGAAAGGCACAUUUCCCUGGUUGGCCAGGGGCAAACAUCCGAUCACCUCAUCUUCAACACUUGCCUCAUCGACCGCUGGGAUUACAUGACAGCAGUUGCUGAGUUUUCUUUUCUCCUGUGGGGCGUUUACCUCUGCUACGCGGCACGGACCGUGCCCUCGGCAUUCCGGGAGCCGCGCUACAUGGCCGUCGCCGUCCACAAUGAGCUCAUCAUCUCUGCAAUAUUCCACACCAUCAGGUUUGUCCUGGCCUCGAGGCUUCAGUCUGACUGGAUGCUGAUGCUGUACUUUGCACACACCCACCUGACUGUCACGGUCACUGUCGGGGUGCUGUUGAUCCCAAAGUUCUCCCACUCAAGCAAUAAUCCCCGGGAUGACAUUGCCACAGAGGCGUAUGAAGAUGAACUGGACAUGGGCCGGUCUGGAUCUUACCUGAACAGUAGCAUCAAUUCAGCCUGGAGUGAGCACAGCCUGGAUCCCGAGGACAUUCGGGAUGAGCUGAAAAAACUCUAUGCGCAGCUAGAAAUUUACAAGAGGAAGAAGAUGAUCACGAAUAAUCCCCACCUCCAGAAGAAGCGGUGCUCCAAGAAGGGCCUGGGCCGCUCCAUCAUGCGGCGGAUCACUGAGAUCCCAGAGACGGUCAGCAGACAGUGCUCCAAGGAGGACAAAGACGCCGCCGACCACGGCCCGGUCAAGAGCUCGGCUCCUGGCAAGAAGAACCCCCCAGAGUCUUCCAGUAACAUGGCGAAACCCAAGGAGGAGUCGCUCAAGAACCGUGUCUUCUCACUCAAAAAAUCCCACAGCACUUAUGACCACGUGAGGGAGCAAACAGAAGGCUCCAGUAGCUUGCCCGCGGAAAGUCAGGAUGAGGAGGCUACUGAGAACUGCACCCUGGAGUCAUUGCCGGGGAAGAAGCUGAGCCAGAAGCUAAAGGAAGACAGCGAGGCUGAGUCCACGGAGUCCGUGCCCUUGGUGUGCAAGUCGGCCAGCGCGCACAACCUCAGCUCCGAGAAGAAGCCAGGGCACCCGCGGGCGUCCAUGCUGCAGAAGUCUCUGAGCGUCAUCGCCAGUGCCAAGGAGAAGACCCUUGGUCUAGCAGGGAAAACCCAGACGCCAGGCGUCGAGGAGCGUGCCAAGUCCCAGAAACCUUUGCCAAAAACCGGAGAGGCCAACAGAAAAGACUCCAACCCCGAGAACCCAGAGGCUCGAGACUCGGCCCCCCUGCACCCCAAUCCUUCGGAGGAGUCACGAAAGCCCCAGAAAGCUGGGAUUAUGAAGCCUCAAAGGGCCAACCCCUCCACCGUCAAGACUGAGAUGAGCACGGGCCCCACCCAGGGGCAGGGCCAUUUUGACAUCGGGGAGGUGUGUCCUUGGGAAGUCUACGACCUGGCCCCUGGCCCCGUGCCUUCAGAACCCAAAGUUCAGAAACACGUAUCCAUCGCAGCCUCGGACAGGGAGAACAACCCAACCUGUCCCCCAAGGGAACCAUCCCACCAGCUGCCCAGGGCACAGGAGUCACACGCCAUGAGCACAGACCAGGCAGAAGUACGUACCUGGGAGAACCAGGCUCAGUCCCUGUGCGAAGAGGAGAAGCGUUUAACUUCCACGAAGAUGCCAGUUCUCCCAGGGCCGCGCCAAGAUGAGCCUGCUGCAGCUGCAGCGUGGGCCCAAGGAGAGAAUGGAAAGCUCAACCAAACAGGAGCCCAGGAAAGAAAGACAUCUCCCUGCAAGGAAAAUGCACCUGGCUCCUUCAACCCCAGUACCACUUUCCGGCAACCUUUAACCUCGCGAGCUGAGGUGUGCCCUUGGGAGUUUGAGAGCCCUGACGGACCCAGCACCAGUGUGGACCGAGGUGUGGUUUUCCCUGUCUCUUCUGGCCUUCAACGCAAGUAA